AAAUAAAACUACUACUACUACAAAUUUCAAAAAGUGUAAACAAAAACAUUGAUUUUUAUUACAUACGAAACCUCGAAACAGCCUCCUCUCAAUUUAGAAACUUUUCAAUACAUUCGUACAAUUUUAUAAAAUAUGGAAAAAAUGUCGAAAGUAACAAACGUUAAUUCGAGUUUGGCUUAUGAGAUAUUACUGUAUUUGAACAGUUUUUAUUUAGGAAUGUUUAUCGUUUGUGAAGUCGCAAUGGGGAUAUUGAAGGCUAUAAAUGUUUCGUAUCCAGAAAACGCUCUAUUAACAGAAGCCGGAAUAUUUAGCGCCCUAUGCUUUGUAGAGAUGAUUAGGAUCUUUUUGGGGCGUAGAGGAAACUUAGCAAGCAAAAAAAUACCGGUCUUUCUGUCAGUGCUAUUGACGAUUCCCUCUGCUGUAGGAGUAUGUUAUUUUCUAAUUUAUCAAACUUACAUACUUCGGUUGGAAUACAUCUGGUGUGCCGUCAUGUUAAUGUUCCAUGCUCUCGAGUUUGCUUUUGCAAUCUUAUUUAUUUUUACUGUAUGUAAAAAUCAACAAUUUGAUUAAAUAAUGAAAACCUGAACCUCAAAUAUUGCAAACAUUCCAUAUUUUUAUUAAAUAUAGCAUUAAUUCAAUUUGAUCAUUGUAAUUACUCUUGUGUAGUAAACUAGGAUUACUAAAAGUUAGAAACAUGUGAAAAAAUAUAAUCUCAUGCCUUAUGAUUCUCCUUACUUUGUUGUUAAUCUGGUAACAUUAUAUUUACUAGUCUGCAUUUUUAUGUUUCUAGCCAUUUGUAACAUUAGUAAUCCCCUUUGUGAAAACUGCAUUAGAAUUACUGUGAUCAUCUUAUUAUAUUAUACCGCUUUGAAUAAAAUCAAGAGCAACAUGUAAAUUAAGACUGUUUUUUUAACUUUAAUGUUCAAAGUUGGCUUUUGAUCUUUAUGUGUCUGUUAAUUAAAUAUAUUUAAUUUAA